AAUUGGACAUAGUUAGAUCAAAAGGAAGUAUUUCCAGUAAAACUUUCCCGUUGGCUAUAUUGAUCUCUCGUGUAGUGUGUCACCGCUUGACGUUCUGACAGCACAAGAAGUGGAUGUUUGUAGACCUUUGUAAAGGCAGAGAAUCAUGAGAUCUGGAUCAUGUCACACUCGGGCAAAAUAUUUGCUGCUUGCGUUCAACAUCUUGUUGUGGCUUAUUGGACUGGCAAUGGUGGGUUUGGGGAUAUGGAUCCUGGUCGCAGACUUUGAUGUUAACGAUGGCAAAGUACCGACGAUAAUAUCUGCCACGCUCAUUGCUGUGGGUUGUGUUAUAAUCAUCACAGGAAUUACUGGUUGUCAUGGAACCAUCAAGGAAAGUUCGUGUCGUCUCCUCGUGUUCUCUGUAAGCUUGUUCCUCAUCUUCUCCGGAUUGCUUGGAGCUGGGGUUGUGAUGACCAUCAACAGGGAAAGUCUGUGCAAUUCUACCGAAACCGAAGACACUGUGAAGGGCUGCUCUGGCUUCACUAAUAUUGUGGCUGGCCUUUCCAUCGGGUGUGCUCAAGUCAUGGUUCUAGGUCUGGCGUUCUCGUUGACAUUCCACUGCACAAAGUGAUGAAAGGAAGUGAAGAAGCAUCACCGGAUGGACGUUUUGUAUUCAUGACAAUUUACUUCCGGUCGAGGCACAUGUCACUUGUCUUGAUGUUCAGAUGUGAAAAAUUAAAAAAGUUU